CAAACUGAUAAUUACUGCACCAAAUUUGGAGUACCUAAGCCUAGUUGAUUAUAUGUCGGAUUCAAUUCAGGUUAGUUCCAUGGCCAGUGUAACCGAAUCACGCAUUGCUGUUUGCAAAAUAUUAGAGAUUGAUAGUCGGACAGCAGAACAAAUAAGUAACUAUGGAAGCAAUGUAUGCGGAAUAUUUCGAAGUAUCCCGAAUGUGAAGCGUUUAUCAAUAGGCGAAUUUACCAUGGAAUCUACGAGUGAAUCUCUCGAUAGAAGGCUGCCGGUUUCCAGAGCUUGGUCCACCUGGAGAUCAAUUUGGAUGGGGUGAAUGGCGCUAUGCUACUGCCAGAAUUGCUCGAAAUCUCUCCUAAACUAGAAAGCCUCAGCUUGCCUCAGGGGAUUACCAGUCCAGGUCUAAUGGGGUUUAACCCCCAGGAGAAUCAAGGUAUAAGCUACAGUUGGAAGCCUCCACAAAAUGUGCCUGAAUGCUUGCUAUUUAGCCUGAAGAACGUGGAAAUUCGGCGAAUUACUGGUAGAGUAGAGGAAGAAGUGAAGCUGUUAAAAUAUUUUUUGGAAAAUGCAUUGGUUCUAGAGAAGAUAACGAUUUGUUAUGAAGAAUUUGAGGUUUCCGGCGGACCGAUGGAUACUACUAAUUAUCCAGCUGCUCGUCGGCUUGAUGAUCGCGUAUCCUUCAUAGACAAAUUGAUGAACUGCGCUAAGGGAUCUGCUGCUUGUCAGCUUGACGUCCAAAUGCCUGAACUAUCACUCUGAACCCUCAGCAGAAUGUUGGUAUUGCACCCUACACGCCUGCGCAUGUUUCUUCACAUCUGCUGGUAAAGAAGUGCUUCAAGUGCACUAUUUUUAUCAAAUAUGUUUGGGUUACUUUUACCCUCUUGUUAUUUAGCAUUUUACCACAUGACACUUUUAUGAUUUCAAAAUCGCACGUAUAAUACUCUCGUGGUUAGGAGUGAAGUGUCAAAUUGAUAAAAAUCGGCCUAUGCUAUGAAGUAGCUGAAAUAUAUAAGAUUAUCCUCAUUUAGAAACUUCAAAAAAAAAAAAAAA